AUGGAGACAAUCGAACAGUUAAAAAAGGAGCUGGAGGAGCAGCGCCGUCGCACCGAGGAAGCAGAAGCCCGCGCCCAACAGCAAGAAGCCCGCGCCCAACAGCAAGAAGCCCGCGCCCAACAGCAAGAAGCCCGCGCCCGCGACGAACAACAACAACGUGAAGCGGCGGAAGCCCGCGCUCGACAACAAGAAGCCCGCGCCCUCGCUGAACAACGACAACGCGAAGCGGCAGAAGCCCGCGCCCAACAACAAGAAGCCCGCGCCCUUGCCGAACAACGAGAACGCGAAAAAGCCGAGAAAGCCGUGGCGUUAACCGACUUCCACACGUUCUUGUCUCUUUGCCACAACAACCUAUACGAACACCUAGUCAUACAAGAAGACCCGGCUUUAUCUGCUACGGGUGUCUUUACCAACGUCGACUCUAAAUACUACCCUCUUUGCUUGAAGCCAUGGGCCGACUUUCCAUCCUUGCACGACCGCUGCCAAACCCGAUUAGACUCCUUGUUUAAAGACAAACAUGUUUUCCCGGCCGUCGUCGGGUUCCAAACCAUGAACGACAUCCUCGCUAUGGAGGAACCGUUAGCUGACGAAAACGACGUACGCAUGCUUCACUUUACCCUCGUCGAAAGCUGUGCUCGACGAGUUCUAGUUCAGUAUCUUAAAGAGUGUGAGGCCGCACUGUCUUCAACCAACGAUACCAGCCAAUACGACGAUGGUAAAGUCAGUGAGGGUAACGACAACAGCGCUCUUCCCAUUCGCGUCUACUUUUCCAACGCACCACACGGGAUCCUCUUAGACGAGCCGCAAAACAGCGACGAGAGCCAGAACAGUGACACGACACCGGCUUAUAUGCCUGCUAUGUUAGAGGCACAGUCUAGGGACGCAGAAGCCCGCGGGCGGUCGACCGGCGACGGGCCGCCACCGGUAAAGCGCAAAUCGUCACCCGUUCGCAAAUUCCACCCAGAUCAGUGGUUUAUGCGCGUCAACAGCGACGGGAGCAUCGUGCCUGUUUUUGUCGUGGAAUACAAGGCGGCGCAUAAACUACGCGGAUCCACGCUCAAGCUGGCUCUUUCUGACGCCGUUCGCGAGCCACAGGGCUUGUUUACUACCGCGAUCCGCGAGCAGAGGUCAAACAAAAUAUUCCAGGGCGACAAGCACCUAGAAGCCCGUAGGAAAGCUGAGAAGGCCACGGCACGCGUGAUCGCCCAAGCCUUUCACUAUAUGGUUGAGUUCGGGCUGUGUUAUUCGUACGUGGCCUCUGGUGAAGCGUUGAUCCUGUUGUACCUGGAUGCGGCGGACGUGCGCACAUUGUACUACCAUCUUGCCCUGCCGCGGGACGAAGUCACAUCGGGGGGUGCCGCGGACCACGUUCGACAUUCUGCAGUGGCGAUGGUGUCCACAAUGGCCUUGCUUGCGCUGGCCGAACCGGUUCUCAGCCAGAGGUGGAAGAAGGAGGCGGUGCACAUGUUGAAACGGUGGCCUUACCCGUACGACGAGAUGCACCUUUUAGACGAAAGUAGCGAAGAGGAGGAGGCCUGCGUCCUCGGCCUGCGUGACGGAGGCCCCCUCGACCGCGACUGUCCUAACGUUCAACUACAUCCCACCAAGGACGGCUGCCACACACUCACUGCAGUGCAGUUUUGUAAUCGGUUACGGGAGCAGCUGGCGGACAACCUGGACGAGAACUGCGAUGCGCUCGACAAGUAUGGCAAGUUUGGCGCCAUCGGUAUGCUGUUUCGUCUUACGCUUCAAGGGUAUGGUUACUGCGUGGUGGCCAAGGGCGUGCAACGUGUACACGCCCCGCGGCUCGAGCAGGAGACGGCGAUCUACGACCACCUUCAAGAGCAACAAGGGACGUUGGUGCCCGUGUGCCUGGGCGUCAUACACUUAGUCGAUGUAUACCGAACGUCGGUAGGCGCGCACGUCUCCCACAUGAUGGUGAUAUCCUAUGCUGGCGAGCCGAUCGGUUCAAAAACGGCCGGGCCUUUGCCGGAUAAUAUUGGCUCGUUGGAAUACAACGCUUGGGUCCGGUUGCGGCAGCUCGGCGUGGAGCACGGGGACGAGCGCGGGCCAAACUUGUUAUGGAAUGCUCCGCUGCAGCGGCUCAUGUGCAUCGACUUUGAGUGGUCCAAGAUCAUUAACCGGAAGCGGAAGUAUGGAAUGGAGACACACCCAGCCCAGGAUCCUCCCAAUGCGGGUUGGCAAUGGUCAAUCCCAUCGGAGAGCUUGUCGCGCGAAACGAGGAGAUCGGUGUUAAUAUAA